GCGGAUAUCGCUCAUUUAGCUGAAGUGUUUCAUUUAGCCGGGUGUCACCAUUUGUUUCAGGUAGUUCAGACUAUGUUCCUAGCUCGAGUUCGAAUCCAGUGAGGUUCAGCUCGGCAUCAGCAUAGCCCAGGAUGGACAGUGACGAAGUUGACCAGGGCCCAGUUCCAGCCGAGACUCUGGCAAUCAAAGCUAACGGUCACCUGUCGCAAACAGAUUCCACCUCACCAGAGAAUUCCGGCAAGACUUUCGCCACGCUUGGCACCAGUCUGUUGGUCUACUGUAGUCACUUUCUUACAGCAUGGGGUGACCGGAUGUGGACAUUUGCUGUGGGCAUCUUCAUGAUCCACAUCACACCAGAUUCUCUACAACUGACAGCCAUAUACGGCCUCACCAUGGGCACAACGGUACUGCUAGGGGGAGCAAUAAUUGGAGAUUGGGUAGACAACUCUGCUAGACUCAGAGCCGCCCAGGUCUCCCUAGUACUACAGAACGUCCUCAUCAUACUCAGCGCCGCCGUCAUCUACUGUUUCCUCAUGUUCAAGGAGGAGCUGCUGGACAUUGGCGAGUGGACCAGGUACGUGGCCUACGCCCUCAUCAUCGUGCUCGCCUCGGCCGCCAAUCUGGCGACCAUCGCCAACACGAUCGCAGUGGAGAAGGACUGGAUUGUGGAGAUCUGCAACAAGGACGAGGAAAAACUUGCUACCAUGACAGCAACGAUGCGGGCCAUUGACCUGACCACCCAAAUCAUCGCCCCUAUCGUCACCGGCCAGGUGAUGGACUGGUCAGUUGAGAACGGUGCCAUCUUCCUGUCGGCCUGGAACCUGGUCUCGUGUGUGGUCGAGUACUUCCUCCUCUGGAAGGUCUACAACACGGUGCCGGCUUUGAGGAAGAGGAAAGACUUCAAGAGAUCGGAACUUGUUGUAGAGCCGCCUACUGUAGAAGAAAAGAAAAGGCUUGACCAGACUCACGAAGUGGCCGAGACAAAUGUAGAUGAAAGCUCUCCCAUGAUCCCCAAUGGUGCUGGUCAAACGUCCAAGACAAAGAAGACAAAGAUGAUGUGUACACAGAGCUGUCGUCUGCUGUCUGGGGUCACCAUCAUUAUCGAGGGCUGGAAAACGUUUGCCGGAUAUGACGUCAUGCUGAGUGGUCUGGCUCUGGCGUUUUUAUACAUGACGGUGCUGGGGUUCGAUAACAUCACAGUGGGUUACGCCAAGAUCCAAGGAUUAAGCGAGGCUAUCGUCGGUAUCUGUAUGGGAGGGGCGGGUCUUAUAGGGAUCCUUGGGACCUUCGCCUACCCCGCCAUGCGCCGCUGGGUGGGCCUGCCCAGGACUGGCAUGAUAGCCUUGACCCUGCAGUGUGCCUGUCUGUCCAUGUGUGUCGUGUCCGUCUGGUUGCCCGGAAGUCCGUUUGAUUUGAUGGACCCGGACAAAUUGGAGAAAACCAACUGUACUAAUAUGACUGACGUCAUCCCCCUAGAAAACAGCAGCUACCCCGUGUUCACCGUCCUGCCACCCCUGCUGACCAACUUCACCUGCCCGGAAGUAGACACGCCCAUCGUCUCCGUCAGUGUACUCAUGGCUGGAAUAAUUGCUGCCAGAUUCGGUCUCUGGAUGGCUGACCUUGCCAUCACCCAAAUGUUCAUGGAGACGGUCAUUGAGAGCGAGCGUGGGGUGGUCAACGGUGUCCAGAACUCCCUGAACCAACUGAUGGAUAUGAUCAAGUUCGGCGUGGUGGUCGCCCUGCCCCUAGCGCCCCAGUUCGGCCUGCUGAUCAUACUGUCUUUCGGCUUUGUCUACAGCGGCUGGAUCUUGUACAGCAUCUUCCUAUGCCGUGUGCCCAGGAACCUCUUCAGCCGGGGAAGGAAGAAAGGCGCCUACGAGAAAAUUUAGAACAAAACGUGUGUUGUAAAUUAAUUAUAUUUUAUCAAAUAUUUUUUGAACGCCAAAUUAAAUAAGUUUUUAAAUUUUUUAAAAGUAUAAUUUACAUAUUUUAAAAUAUUGUUAUUGUUAACUGCCAGUUGUUAUAGCGAUAAUAAAAUGUUUACAAAAGUGAUUUAUAAGU